AGACUCCAAUAAGGAGUGACGCCUGAAUUGACUCACUCAUUCAUCCAUGCACCCAUUCACGCCUGUGUGCAUUCACUCAGCAAAUAUGUAUUGAGCAACUACUAUGUGCCAGGCACCGUGCCUAGUGCCAGUGGGCAGAAGCAGCCAGGGACCUGCUCUUAUGGGGCCUGCCGUUGGUCGGGGAGACAGGCAACACUCAAAUCAUCACCACACAGAUCAAAUGGAAAAUUGUACUGAGUUAUAGGGCUUUGAAGAAGAGGUUUGUGGUUCUAAGGGGCCUGACCUAGUCACGGAGGUCAGGGUGUCUUCUCUGAGAAAGACUUGAAGAAUAAAUAGGAAGUAACCAGGGCAAGAAGGGGGAGAAGAUGAUCCAAACAGAGGGAACUGCACAUGCAAAGGUCCUGUGGUGGAGGGUCUGGGUGAAGGCCAGAGUGGCUGGAGUGCCACAACAGAGGGGAGUGUGGUGAGAACGAGGUUGGGAAGUGGGCCAGCUGAUAGCACUUGAACUUGUGGGUGUCUUUAGAAGAUUUGGUCUGAAUUCCAAGAGCAAAGGGAAGGUUUUAAGCAGUGGUGCAAAAUGAUCCAAUUUGUGUAGCAAACUAGUUUGAGGGGGCCCAAGUGGAAGUGAGGAGUCAUGAGGGUCCAGCAGUGCCCACAUAAACAAUGACAGUGGCUUUGACCAAGGACAUGGUGAGAUUGGGGGGCAGGGUGAGUUGGAUGUUGGGGUGAGGGUCAGGUGAUAUUGAGGUCUGAGGAACUGGGCUGGCAGAUGGGAAGGGUGACGAUGAACAUCAUAUUCCUGUAAGAACAUAUUAUAUUGAGCAUGAUAAGUAAUAUCUUCCUUUCUACCAAGGAUAGAAUGGUUGACCUCUGAGUAAGAAAGAAGGGAAGGGAAGGAUUUUCAGGUUCUACUAUAUGGUAUUUAAUAUGUUUUCUCAUUAAAUCUGUUCAACAAAUCUGAGAAGUAAAUACUAUUAUUUAUGUACGAGGAAAGGAGUCUCAGAAAGGUAAAAUUACCUGCCCAAGGUCACGGCUGGGAAGAGGUUACGGCUCCACCAGCCUCCUCUCUUAAAAAAAAAAAGAAAAAAAAAAGGCAAAACAACUUAUUUCAUUCUUCUCAGUGAGCUUAUAAUUGAGGAAAAAGUUUUUGGCAGAAGGGAAAGGGAGGGGAACCUGGAAGAACUCCCUGCUCUGAAAGAAUGCAAGGGAGCCUGGGGCCAUGUCACUGAGGAGCCCUGGGCAUCCAUCCAACCACAGGGGUGAACCAAUGUGUUCUUGACCCGAGCCGGAAACCAACUCUCCCUUUCUCUUCAUCUCCCACCUCCCUGCUCCUGGGAAGUCCUUCUAACCUCCUGGACCUAACCUCGAUCCUCCUGUUCUGGUGCCCAUUGUCUCCUCUUGCAGGCAGAUCCAAGCCACCUGGCCGCUCCCUCUCCCCGCUGGGCACGAAGCCUGACGCCUGCCCUUCAGCCCUCGGUGGGCUUCCAGGAAGCCUGCAGCCUGUAACCGGACAGUUUGCUCCCAGCAGGUACCCCUGAGCUGCACUCCGCACACUGUUCCUGGAUCUCCUCUCCGAAACCUGGGCAGAGUGUGUUCCCACCCAGUCCGGUGACCUUCGCCUGUCUGAGCCCUGGUUAAUUUUUGCCCAGUCUGCAGGCUGUGGGGUUCCUCCCCUUCAGGGAUAUAAGCCUGGCCCGAGGCUGCCCUGUUCCCCACCUGUCCUGAGCCUCCCCAAGCUCCCUCUGCACCCUCACCAUGGCCAAAGGAUUCUACAUAUCCAAGGCUCUGGGCAUCCUGGGCAUCCUCCUGGGCGUGGCGGCCAUAGCCACUAUCAUCGCUCUGUCUGUGCUGUAUGACCAGGAGAAGAACCAGAAUGCCGGGUACGCCACCACCGUGGCCCCUAUGAGCCCCGUGACCACCAUCACCACGGCCACCACCUUGGAUCAGAGCAAGCCAUGGAACCGAUACCGCCUACCCACGACACUGUUGCCUGACUCCUACAAGGUGACACUGAGGCCCUACCUCACUCCCAAUGAGAAUGGCCUGUAUAUCUUCACGGGCACAAGCAUCGUCCGCUUCAUCUGCAAGGCCCCCACUGACGUCAUCAUCAUCCAUAGCAAGAAGCUCAACUACACCACAACCCAGGGGCACAUGGUGGCCCUGCGGGGCGUGGGGGGCUUCUCGGCCCCCGACAUCGCCAGGACCGAGCUGGUAGAGCCCACGGAGUAUCUGGUGGUACACCUCAAGGGCUCGCUGGAGUCAGGCAGAAUGUACGAGAUGGAGAGUGCAUUUCAGGGGGAGCUGGCCGACGACCUGGCAGGCUUCUACCGCAGCGAGUACAUGGAAGGCAAUGUCAAAAAGGUGCUGGCCACGACACAGAUGCAGUCUACAGAUGCCCGGAAAUCCUUCCCGUGCUUUGACGAGCCGGCCAUGAAGGCCACAUUUAACAUCACCCUCAUCUACCCCAACGGAUUCACGGCCUUGUCCAACAUGCCGCCCAAAGGUCCCAGUGUCCCGUUUGCAGAAGACCCCAAAUGGAACGUCAUUGAGUUCGAAACCACGCCUGUAAUGUCCACAUACCUUCUGGCCUACAUCGUGUGCGAGUUCACGAGUGUGAAGACAGUGGCACCCAACAACGUCCAGGUCGGGAUCUGGGCUCGGCCUAAUGCAAUUGCAGAGAACCAUGGCAAUUAUGCCCUGAACGUGACAGGUCCCAUCCUAAACUUCUUUGCCAAACAUUUUGAUACACCCUACCCACUCCCAAAAUCUGACCAGGUUGCCUUGCCCGACUUCAACGCCGGUGCCAUGGAGAACUGGGGGCUGGUGACCUACCGGGAGAACUCGCUGCUGUUUGACCCACAGGCCUCCUCCAGCAGCAAUAAAGAGCGGGUUGUCACUGUGAUUGCUCACGAGCUGGCCCACCAGUGGUUUGGGAACUUGGUGACCCUGGCCUGGUGGAAUGAUCUUUGGCUGAACGAGGGCUUUGCCUCCUACGUGGAGUACCUGGGUGCUGACUAUGCAGAGCCCACCUGGAACCUGAAAGACCUCAUGGUGCCGAACGAGUUGUACCAUGUGAUGGCUGUGGACGCGCUGGCCUCCUCCCACCCCCUGACCACCCCUGCCGAGGAGGUCAACACACCUGCCCAGAUCAGCGAGAUGUUUGACUCCAUCUCCUACAGCAAGGGAGCCUCGGUCAUCAGGAUGCUUUCUGAGUUCCUGACUGAGGACCUGUUCAGGAAGGGCCUGGCGUCCUACUUGCAUGCCUUUGCCUAUCAGAACACCACCUACCUGGACCUGUGGGAACACCUGCAGAUGGCUGUAAACAAUCAGUCGGCCAUCAAGCUGCCAGACACCGUGCGUGCCAUCAUGGACCGCUGGACCCAGCAGAUGGGCUUCCCUGUCAUCACUGUGGACACCAAGACAGGGAGCAUCUCCCAGAAGCACUUCCUCCUUGACCCCGAGUCCAGCGUCACCCGCCCCUCAGUGUUCAAAUACCUGUGGAUUGUUCCCAUCUCAUCUAUCAAAAAUGGCAACCAGCAGGGCCACUACUGGCUGCAGGGCAAUGCAGCAGCCCAGAACGAUCUGUUCAAAACCGGAGCAGAAGAGUGGGUCCUGCUUAACGUCAACGUGACGGGCUAUUACCAGGUGAACUACGAUGAGAACAACUGGAGGAAGAUUCAGAAUCAGCUGCAGAUAAGACCAGCGAUCAUCCCUGUCAUCAAUCGGGCACAGGUCAUCUACGACAGCUUCAACCUGGCCAGUGCCCGUAUAGUCCCUGUCACCCUGGCGCUGAACAACACCCUCUUCCUGAAAAACGAGAUAGAGUACAUGCCCUGGCAGGCCGCCCUGAGCAGCCUGAGGUACUUCAAGCUCAUGUUCGACCGAUCCGAGGUCUACGGCCCCAUGAAGAAUUACCUCAGGAAUCAGGUUGAACCUCUCUUCCUAUAUUUUGAAAAUCUCACCCAAAACUGGACUAAGCGCCCAGAAAGCCUGAUGGACCAGUACAAUGAGAUUAAUGCCAUCAGCACUGCCUGCUCCAAUGGGCUGCCUAAGUGUGAGGAGCUGGCCAAGAACCUUUACAACCGGUGGAUGGAGGACCCCCAAAAUAACCCGAUCCACCCCAACCUGCGGUCCACCAUCUACUGCAACGCCAUCGCCCAGGGCGACGAGAAAGAGUGGGACUUCGCCUGGAGGCAGUUACGACAAGCCCGACUGGUUAAUGAAGCUGACAAGCUCCGCUCAGCGCUGGCCUGCACCAACCAGGUCUGGCUCCUGAACAGGUACCUGAGUUACACCCUGAACCCAGACCUCAUCCGGAAGCAGGAUGCCACCUCCACCAUUAACAGCAUUGCCAGCAACGUCCUCGGGCAAUCUCUGGCCUGGGACUUUGUCCAGAGCAACUGGAAGAAAAUCUUUCAGGAUUACGGCGGUGGUUCCUUCUCCUUCUCCAACCUCAUCCAGGCUGUGACCCGAAGAUUCUCCACUGAGUUCGAGCUGCAGGAGCUGGAGCAGUUCAAGAAGAACAACAUGGAUGUAGGCUUCGGCUCAGGCACCCGGGCUCUGGAGCAAGCCCUGGAGAAGACCAAAGCCAACAUCAAGUGGGUGAAGGAGAACAAGGAGGUGGUGUUAAAGUGGUUCACAGAACACAGCCAAAUAGUCCCUGGUGCUUACAGUCACCUGGCCCCCAUGUGAGAUGCCCACGUGUGUCUAUCCAAGUGGCUCACGGUAGGGCCCCCAUUCCUGAAGCCUGAGGCACCUGUGUCCUCCCCUUAGGAACAGAGUCUCUGGCCCAUGUUCUCUCCACUCUGCCCAGGGGGCCAAUCCAGUUUCUGAUGGCCAGACUGUCCAAGUGCCUCCCAGCCCCUGCCCCUCAUGCCAACCCCACCCCAGGCCUGGCAUGGCUCCUGUCACCCAGGGCCCUGGGGCUGAUCUCAGGGAAGUCCAGCUCAAGGGCCAGAAGAGCAGAGGCCCUUGAUGGAUGAUGGACUGCCUUGGAGGGCUGCCCUGUGCCCUCUCUCACCCUCCCAUAAAGACCCUGAACCGGAGGAGUCAACAGAGCACCAGAUCUGUAUAUUUUUUUCUAAGAUAAAAUGUAAAUAAAGGAUUUCUAGAUGA